GAUGAACUUUCAGAAAUAUGAAUUGACAUAAACUCCAGGGAUUCCCUUGAACUCUUGGUUUAUAGCACCCGACACAAAAAAAGGGGAAGCCCACACCAUGAAGCUCAUUGGAUCCUUGUGGACACUUCCUUCAAGAGAUCUGUAGUUGCAGACAAAUUACAUCAAUGAACAGUGAAGCACAGAAACUGAAGUGGCAAGAUGCCCUUUAAUAUGAGCAAUAAUACUUGAUGGAGGAAUAACGUAGUAUGGUAUGUUCAUUCCAUUUACAAAGAGCAUUAAACGAAGCCAUGAACAGCUCUAACGAGACUUCUGAUUAUACAUUUGAUACAGUGAAGACUUCAGUUUAUCUAAUUGAUUUUAUCGUCACUGCUGUAUGCAGUCAUGUAAUAAUUAGUACGGUGCAGCAAGAGUUGGAAUUGAAGCAAGAGACAAGAUACAUUCUCCUGUGCCAGCAUCUCAUCUACUCUUCCAUGUAUUUCGCCUUGGGCACAUUGACAAACAGCUUUCGACUCUUCAAAGUCAACUCACCUCGAAUUCUUUGCUGGAUCCUGCUCCCUAUACAAAUAAUAUUCGCACAAUGCAUUAUGCUAACUUUAACCCUAAUGUCUUUGAAUGCAUGCCUAGCUAUCUGUUGGCCACUGCGAUAUCGUUCACUUGUUGGUUCAGCAAACAAGAAAAUAACUGCAAUAAUAUGGAUAUUAGCAGUGCAGAAUCCACUGUGGUCAAUAAUCUAUCAAAGUCAGUAUGUCUCUUUGGCAUAUAUAAUUGAAAAAGACCCUAGCUGUCCUCAUCCAAUGGAUGGAUUUGCUUCAAGGCAAAUUGGAAUUGCAUUUGUUCUACUGUGUUUUCUCAUGAUUGUAAUAAGCUAUUGUUUAAUAUACCGAGAAGGAAAGCGGGCUGGGCAUUUUGUGUCCUCUAAUGUGCAAGCAAGGAAUACCAUUCUCAUCCAUGGCAUACAAUUAAGCUUCUUCAUUCUCCCGGUUUUGAUCACAAUAGGACUAGGUAAAAAGCCUAACUUAGUAAUACUGAAACUAGUCAACACUGCCAUUUUCUCUGUAGCCCAGUGUCUUAGUCCAGUGAUUUAUGGUCUCAGAUGCAAAGAGCUUAGAAAUAAAUUAGCUAAUACCAAAUUCUGUUGCUGUGUUUUUAAACACAGAAAGAAAAGUGCUGGAGUGAUUCAGCUAAGUGAAAUCCAUGCCAUUGACACAGUGAUUGACACCAGGAGCAGUCAGGUCUGCAAUCCCUGA